UCCAACAGUCACUAGAAUUUAACUAUCUCUCUCAAGUUCAACGAAUUUCAUUAAAAUCGGUCCAGGGGUUAUCUCAGAAAAGCGUUUUAGCGUUUCACAUGUAUUUGAAUAGGCCGCGCUGGAGUUGGGCCUCAGCCUAAAGGUUCCUAUUAUUCAUCACGACUGGCUCCGACGUCGUCGUCUUCCACAGCUGACUCGCUGGCGCCCCUCUGCGCUACCGCGCGAACACGCUCGUGCCAGUGUUCCCGCGUUCGUCGUCGUCAUAAUUAAUUAAGAAACACAAGGACGUAACAAAUUUUACAGCGAUAUUUUUUCUUUUUUUUUUUUGUUAAGUCCUAGUUCGGUCAUGUCUGUGUGUAGACACAAAACUCCCCAUAGGUGGGCCGAUCCCCAAGAUAGCGUAAUACCGGGCCGAUCCACGGCAGAGGUUCGCCGCUCGUGCUAUCGGCGUCACCGCCGCUUCGCCUGGUGGCGUCGGCAGCGUCGGGAGCAUAACUGGCUCGAAGCUUCGACCGCGACUUCGAAAUCGAAUUUUCGCUGUCGUCACGUGGUUUCGCCUUUGUCACACGCUUUUUAUCCUCCGAGAGAGCGGGGAGCGGGGACUAGCAGAUGUUUUCAGCUCCGACGAAAGAGGCUCUGUCGCCCGAACCAGACGACGUGACAUUUACCUUGCGACGCGUCCACGCUUGUCGGGCGCAGGUCGACGGCGGCGGUCCGCCCCCGUCUCUGCGCGGCGGCGGCGGCCAGGCUUCGUCGGACGAGUCCCGCUGCACGUCGGGCGGCUCGCGGCGCGGUUCCUCGCCGGGCCUCACGUGCGUCGUGUGCGGCGACACGUCGAGCGGCAAGCACUACGGCAUCCUCGCCUGCAACGGGUGCAGCGGCUUCUUCAAGCGAAGCGUCCGCAGGAAGCUCAUCUACAGGUGCCAGGCCGGCACCGGUAGGUGCCUGGUGGACAAGGCGCACCGGAACCAGUGCCAGGCGUGCCGCCUCAAGAAGUGCCUCCAGAUGGGCAUGAACAAGGACGCAGCGGUGCAGAACGAGCGCCAGCCGCGCAACACGGCCACCAUCCGGCCCGAGUCGCUGGCCGACUCGGAGCGGCUGCUGCGCGAGGGCGCCGCCGUGGGCGUGUUCCCGCACGCGCCCAGCGCCGCGGCCGCCGCCGCAGCCGCCGCAGCCGCGGCCGCGCGCUACCUGGCGCUGGACAGGGCCGCCUCCCAGCAGCAGCAGCAGCAGUCGCGCGAGCUGCAGCACCACCGGCCCGCCAAGUACGAGCGCCGGGACGACGCGCCCACCAAGGAAGAGGACACCUCCGAGUCGGGUGGCUGCCGGGACGACAUCGGCAACGGCGGCGGGCUCGGCGACGCGUCGCUGACCACGGCGACCAGCCGGCGUUCUCCGGUGGGGCUGCUGCCCCCGCCCCUGCUGUGCCAGCAGCAGACGCAGCAGCCCAUGCCGGGCUACGGCGAGUUUCCCCUGUACCCGGUGGCCCAGGAGAGCGUGUACGAAACGUCGGCGCGCCUCCUCUUUAUGGCGGUCAAGUGGGCCAAGAACCUGCCGUCCUUCUCCAACCUGCCCUUCAGAGACCAGGUGAUCAUCUUGGAGGAGACGUGGUCCGAGUUGUUUCUGCUGUGCGCCAUCCAGUGGUGCCUGCCCCUGGAGGCAAGCCCACUGUUCAGCCCAGCCGAGCACGCCGCGCUCGCACUGCACAACAACGGAACCCCGGGUGGAGGUGGCGGCCAGCAAGGGCAACAGGGCGCAGCACAGAACCCCAACUCCAAGGUGGCUCCGCUGACCGAUGUGCGCAUCCUGCAGGAAGUGCUGGCGCGCUUCCGGGCCAUCGGCGUCGACCCCGCUGAGUUCGCCUGCCUCAAGGCCAUUCUACUCUUCAAAGCCGACUCCCGAGGCCUGAAGGACGCGCACCAAGUGGAAGCCCUGCAGGACCAGGCGCAGCUCAUGCUGCAGCAGCACGUCAAGACGCAGCAUCCAACGCAUCCUGUCAGAUUCGGCCGGCUGCUGCUGAUGCUGCCCUCCCUGCGGUACGUGCCGGCGGAACGAGUCGAGGCCCUCUACUUCCAGCGCACCAUCGGCAACACGCCCAUGGAGAAGCUGCUCUGCGACAUGUUCAAGUGCUGAUCGCCAAGCACGCCCCACCACCGCGCGACCCCCGUGCGCGGUUAUCCGUAGGUUCACGUGAACGUCCAGAGUUCCGGAAGGUAGGCUGCUCCUUCGAGGAAGAAAGACGCGACUACGCCAACUUUCUUGUCCGCGUCUAAUCGUUCACCCACGGUCGGCGCAAGGCGUAAACUAUAGAACCACGUGGGAUCCUGUACAGAUCGCCCUUCAUCCCCCCUGCGAUUGCUACCUAGUCCAACAUGGCUGCGGGUGGUUUCACGGACGUACUCGCACAGUACAAACAACAAAGUGCAUCCAUCGUAUUGCUCCCCGCCUUCUUGCGUGGGCCACGUACGCCCCAUUCCAUGCCCUUACCCUCCCCUCCCCCCCCCCCCCCCCCGCAUUCAUUUUUCUGGACACCAAGCCACCAAGAAGACAAUAUGUGCCAAAAAACCUGUUCUUUUGACGGACUCGACGCGUCGGCUGUCACCCGCGAGAUUCUUCUUCGCCACUUCCAGCACAGCGUGAAUCAUUCCAUGUAAUUCAGUCAUGAAAGAAAUGACUGAUUCAGGACAACCAGUAAGCAGCAUGAGCAAAAUCGGGAAGAGUGCAACACCAAUGCAGCGUCGUGUCGCCAACUCCCUUCGGGCCGACCCAUAAGGUUUUGGUGAAUAAAUGCUCUUAGAUGCUAUGUAAAAAAGAAAGGACGCCCCUUGUGCCGGCGUUGUUCCAAGAGCAUGUGCUGUCUUUGUACUGACACUCGUGCUGCAAUAACUGAGACGAACUGCAAUAUUUGCAUUAAUCGUUCGUUUCCAAUGCUGCCAAAACUGCAUAACUGUCUCUUUUACAGUCGGUCGAGCUUAAAAACAAAGAACACGAUCAAAAUCCCGUUUCAAAUGCCGUCGAUUGUGUGACUUACAUGGCUUGUUCGAUUAGAAGCUACAGUGAUGCGACACGCAGCUUAAAUAAACGAGAAGAUGUCCCGUCUCAGAGUUGCCGGUGCGUAUUUUGAGACUUGCUGUAUGCCACUGUGAUUGUGCUUAAUUUUCGGCCGACUGUAAACUAAACAAUUUGCCGGUGCGCUUCUCGGUGCAGGCGUGUUACUACUUCCUGCUUUGUGUAUUAUCACCCGACAUUUCCCUUGCACGAACCAUGACGAUAAGUUAUGCCAUGUUACAGUAUUACAGUGUCGCCAAUGCAUUUUAUUCGUUGUUGUCACUUGUUCUUGGUUGAUCCUUCACUGCGGCAUGGAAAAAGCCUGCUGCGUUCUGUUAUAGUGUUCCUCUGAGGAAAUAGUGACAGCUCGCUGAUUAAUCGAUUGUGUGUCCGGACAUUGGAGAUCGCAAUCACCGCAAAUUAACUUCAGUAAACUCCCAUUAAGACGAACCCGGUGAAGUCGAAUUUUCGAGUAUGAGGAAGAAGUGGGAACAUUUGUUUGGUUUCCCAUAAGUCCAACGGCAAGAAUAAUCCGCUUAACACGAGCCACUAAUUUGGUUACGCUGAACUUCUGCAGCCAUCACUAGCGCCUGCUAUGCUCGGCUCAGUGAGGGACCCAGGUCGGCAGACUUGGAGGAGGCGUCUUUGCUAUAGUUACACGAAAUGCAAAUGGUGCUUUGUGGGCAUAAACAGCUAUAUGCCAACGUCGACAGAGACGCGGAAACUAGCAGGGCUGACACCAUACAAACAAAAUUUUCAGCAGGUCCUCGACGUGCCUCUGCCAACAUCCCCUAGACUAUAGCUAUAAGUCUAGCUUGACUAGGGGAUGACUGGGAGAUAGGGAUAGCGGGAACCAAAUGAACAAUCAGGCGACGUGCGAGAAUGACAGGGUAUUGCCUCUGCAGGCUGCGUAACUAUGGAAAUGACAUUACCCUACAGCUACAAGAAUCAUCGCUGCUAAAAUAUGAUGCAUCCCUGAACGCUUCGGUGCAUUUUCUGUUCAACAUGAGAGCAUCAAAAUGUUAAAAUGUUUUUGAGCAAGUUAAGUGAGAUGUCUAAUUUUGUAACAGCGCUGGGAUUUGCACAACCACGACAGGCAACGAUUAAUCAAUUGUUUAAGCGUGCAAUAAGGCAAUGCUUUGUAUCCCACGAGCCAUAUGUAUACAAACGUUUCUCUACAUCUGCGUUAUAGAAUUAACGAUGUUUUAUUUACCAUUUUUCUCGUGGAUAUUUAGACACAGCAGUAAUAGCAGCUUUUGAGUUUUGUGGAUUACUUUUGUUGAGAUGAGCUUCUGAUGAGACAAAUUUUCACGAUCCCUUCGAAUUCGUCUUAACGGGUCUUAACCAUUUCUGCCAUUUAACGCUGAAAACACGUGGCACGGUAUCUCAGCUUAUGUUGCAAACGCACGAAAGGCGUGGAGGCAAAGGAGGGGCGAGCGGUUUUUUUUACCGCCGCGUAUAUGCCCCCACGGCCACGGCAGCGCUAAGCCAGCGCCGUGCGCCUCGUAAUGAAAUCUGCAGUAUUUCACAAACUUACACCACUUAGACAGCUUUGGAGAAAACGGACUCAAACGGCUUAGCCUGCUCGGAGAGCAGGUUGAGCGGUACACGAGCAUGCGCAAAACCAGAACUCUUCAUGGUCUCUGCUGUAGGCAGAAUGUAGAGCCACUAUAGCUUUGGAUUUAUAUCACACAAUACUGAUACACAUAUAUACGUAAGCAGUGCACCCUCAUGUAACAUUUCGUUCAAACAAACUGUAUUCUACUACGUGAAUUUCGCAAAGGUGCCAAAACCUGCACGGUAUGUCGCAUAUCACUAUAAGAAAGCUUGAUGAGCAAAACGAGAACAAGGUAAAAACGGGAGCCAACGCUUCGACAAGUGGACUUGUCUUUUUCAAGGCGACAUAUGCUCCCUCUUUUACCUCGUUCUCGUUUUACUCGUCGUCUUGAAUUUCCAUCUCGCGCCUUCCCAGUGUUUUCUCUAUAAGAAAGCUUGAGAGGUUCAAAAGUCGCAUCCGAAGGAGAUUGUGUCUUAUUUAUUAAAUUGUGGGUAACCUCCUGAAACUGCUCAGUGGAUUAUGGGGAACGCCGUAAUGGAGAGCGCCCCGCUACUUUGUCCACCUGGGGGUUCUUUAACGUGCACCUGGAUCUCAGUACACCAGUGAUUUCGCAUUUCGCCCCCAUCCAGAUGCAGCCGCCAUUUCCGGGAGUCGAAUACACGACCUCACGGUCAGCAGUAUAGACGUCGUAGAAUACCGCGGCGGAUAAAGGGGUACGUUGUAGAAAGUUUCCACUAGAGGAAAUUCGGCUCUAUUUGUUUGCUUAGAGGAUUGUAGGUAUGUGCCGAUACCUUAUUUCCAAAUUGUGGUAAUGCUUCCAUGACGACGACACGCAAAGAAAUAAAUUGCUUUUGGAUUUGCGAG